GGGGGCAGUAGCACUUUUUACAUAAAUUUGUGGGCCGCCACUGAAAAAAAGGAAACGAGAAGAAGACGACGCGCGCAAGCAAGGAGACGUCAUACGCGCGCGUUACCAUAAAGUAAUGACAAAUAUGGCGGUUGCAGGCGUCGUUGUUCCUCGCAGCUUUCGGUUGCUGGAGGAGCUGGAGGAAGGUCAGAAGGGAGUCGGUGACGGUACAGUGAGCUGGGGCCUCGAAGACGACGAUGACAUGACGCUCACUCACUGGAAUGGCAUGAUCAUUGGCCCGACCAAGACAGUCUAUGAAGGCAGGAUAUACAGUCUGAAAAUAGAAUGUGGACCCAGAUACCCAGAGUACCCCCCUCUUGUCCGCUUUGUGAACAAGAUCCACCUGAGCGGUGUACACAACUCAAAUGGUUUGGUGGACAUAAAGGCACUGACAUCGCUGUCCAGGUGGAAGACCUCCUACAACAUCCGCAUGGUGCUGCAGGAGCUCAGACAGCACAUGAUAAUGAAAGAGAACAACAGGCUGUCCCAGCCACCUGAGGGCCAGGUGUACAGCAACUGAGGCUCCUGGUGCUCACACUGUGUACACACACACACACACACACACACACACACACACACACAUGUCUCUCUCUCUCUCUCUCUCUCUCUCUCUCUCUCUCUCUCUCUCUCUCUCUCUCUCUCUCUCUCUCAACUCCCGCUUUGGGAGCCUCUGAUUGAACCGAGAGGGAUGUGUAGGCAAACCAGACCUCCUAACCCAGUGCCCUGUCACCACGGUGCAGACCAAACACCAUGAAACAAAAAUACUGUACAACUUGCUAUUGUUAUUUUUUUUAUCACCUUUGUGUACAGAUUGAAAAAUACCAAAGGACCUGAUUGACCGUACCAGUCGUGUGUGUGUGUGUGUGGAUCCUUCAUGCCAAGUGGGGGCUGUUAGUGCUGGGUACAUGGGUAUUGUAGUCAGGGAUUUCAAUCAAUUCGCUACACAGCAACACAAAUAUACUGUACCUGUAUAAGCCCGGCUAAAAUAUAGAUGUUAAAGGGGCAGUAAGUGUUUUUGGAAACAAUAGAUGUUUUGUAAAAAUCAGCAAAUUUUUCCUCCUGGUCGCCUGUCGGUUCUGUGCGCGCCCGUACAAAAUCUGGAUUUUCGGCUCAGCCAUUGCUCUGUAAAUUGAAAACAAUAUAAGUGGCUUGGGUCGCACAACACAACACUGAGUGCAGUUUGUAAACCUCACUCGUCAACACAUCAAGAGACCCGCUAGCGAGUGUCGCUGCAACUCCACGGUUUUGGCCUAGUGGUAAGCGUGCUUCGUCUUUCAGGCGAUGCUAGUCUCAAAUCUCCCAGGUUUUGCGAUCCCGACAAUGUGAAUUUCACGGGCCUUUCCUUUAAAUGAGCGCAUCUUUGGUACAUUGGAAUAAACUGCUACUAGACAUUCAGCUAUGUAUUUAUCAACAGGGCACUGCUGACUCAUCAUUCAUGCUCUCAGACUUGUCCUCAGUGUGCCAUAUGGUUCAUAGCCCUUUGUGAUGGUGAUUGAAUAUUAGCAGCCUUUGGGGGGGGGGGUGUCUUUUUGUUUGUUCUUUUUUUUUGUCUUUGGGUCGACUCACAUCUCCAAGGAGUUAUCUCCUCUCACAUACAGUGAAUUCCCACUGCACACAAUGUAUGGCUUGAUAUGUUUAUUUUAUAACAGGUUGAAUCCAAUCAGGGGUUUGUGACCUUUCGCAUGGUUUUAUUUGAAUUAAACGUUAUUACUUUU